AUGGCGGCCGUUCGAGCACCAAAACAAUGGUCUCUCACAACGACUGAAACAAUAACUUCCAUAGAGGCUUGGGAGAACAAUUUAAAAUACAUCCUAUCCCUAGACCAUAAUUUUGCAUCGUUUCUCACCGCUGGUGCUACUUGGCUAAAGAAAACCAAUGCCUCUCCUCUCCGUGGUUUUACCGACGAUGAUGAGGACAUUCCCCAGAUUCAACGCCGUACCGCUGCGCAAAAGGUGACUCAUCUCGAAAUGAUGCUUGGCCAAAUAGCUAACUAUGCUCCUGUUAUUUCUCGUAAUACGAUUGUACGAAAUUCGACCUCCAUCAGCGGUGUAUGGCAAGCCAUUCGACAACAUUACGGCCUGCAAUCUACUGGUUCCCGCUUCUUAGAUCUAGCUAAUAUCAAGGCCAAAUUAGACCAGAGGCCUGAAGACCUUUACCAAUGCUUGAUGUCCUUUGUUGAAGAUAAUUUAUUAACAGCAGCAGGCGGAAUAACUCAUCACGGAAUAACCCCAGAAGCUGAUGAAGAGCUAUCCCCCUCCCUCGAAAACUUUAUUGUAGUUACCUGGCUCCAACUCCUCCACCCAGACCUUCCACGUUUAGUUAAGCAAAGGUACGGUACAGAGCUCCGUUGCCGAACACUGGCCUCUAUAAAGCCUGAGAUAUCUCAAGCCCUCGACUCUUUGUUAGAGGAACUACGCACCAGCGAAGAAGCCAAAGUUCUGCGCACAAUCCACCCAAGCUUUGGAAGACCACCCCGCAUCGACAACCGCCCACCUGGCCCCAACCGCCCAUACCCCCCAAAGAGCAAAACGACAUACAAGCCUCGUUCAAAUAAAUCCUGUGCACUAUGCCUCCAAGCUGGCCGCCCCGACUAUCGCUCCCACUUUUUAAGUACCUGCGAAUACCUGCCUGACUCAGAUCGUCAGUUUAUGGCCCGAGCACGCCAUGUUACAGAUAUCGAAGAUACCCAAGAGUAUGAAGAUAAUCAUCCCGAUGACAAUUAUCCACCUCCUCAGAGUAAUUGUGACUGCGAUCAUCCCAUCAACCAUCGCUCAGCUACCUGCCGUGUAAAUAUUACACAAUCUCCGUAUCUCCACGUCUUCUACAAUCAACACCCGCUUCGCCUUACUAUUGAUACUGGUGCAGAGACCAACAUGAUAAAGGCCUCCCUUGCCCAUUACAUCGGUUGCCCAAUAUCCAAGAGUUCACAACUUGCGUUACAAGCUGAUGGUCGUACUCCGCUCUCUAUUGUCGGCGAAACCCGCCUGUCAUUGUCCCGUAAUGGCAAGACCCUUACCCUCGAGGCUCUUGUUGUAGAAGACCUUGAUGUUGAUAUCCUCGCCGGAACACCUUUCAUGACCUGCAACGACAUUGCUGUCCGACCCGCAAAGCAUGAAAUUAUCAUCGCUGGUUCUGACAUU